GAAUCUUUUUGGGAUGGCAUCCGGUUAACCUCUUUCUUUACGUUUUGUUGUGUCUAGUGAAUUAUAUUGCUAAAAUGACGCCGAAUAUUUCUAAAAAACGAAAAUUUGUUGGAGAUGGAGUGUUCAAAGCUGAACUCAAUGAGUUUUUGACUCGUGAGCUAGCCGAAGAUGGUUACUCAGGUGUGGAGGUGCGUGUCACUCCCACCAAAACAGAAAUCAUCAUUAUGGCCACCCGAACACAGAAUGUGCUAGGAGAGAAGGGCCGACGCAUCAGAGAGUUGACAUCUGUUGUACAAAAGAGAUUCAACUUCCCCAACGACUCUGUUGAGUUGUAUGCUGAGAAAGUGGCAACAAGGGGGCUUUGCGCCAUUGCACAAGCUGAGUCUCUCCGUUACAAGCUGAUUGGAGGUCUUGCUGUGCGAAGAGCGUGCUAUGGAGUGUUGAGGUUCAUCAUGGAGAGUGGAGCCAAGGGUUGUGAAGUUGUGGUGUCAGGCAAGCUGAGAGGUCAGAGAGCCAAGAGCAUGAAGUUUGUAGACGGUUUGAUGAUCCACAGUGGAGAGCCUUGCAUAGACUACGUUGACACAGCCACGAGGCACGUUCUGCUCAGACAAGGUGUGUUGGGCAUCAAAGUAAAGAUCAUGUUGCCCCACGACCCCAACGGCAAGAUUGGACCCAAGAAGCCUCUGCCAGACAAAGUGUCUGUCAACGAGCCUAAAGAGGAGAUCCUCCCCACCGCUCCUACCAGCGACAUCAAAGCGGCCAAACCAGAUGCAGCACCUGUAUCUCUAGCCUAACAAUAAACUCCAAGUUUUGUUCUUAA